AUGAGAAAAAAGAUAUAUUUAGAAGAACAAAAACAACUUGAAUCGUUAGAAAAGCAUUACGAGACUGACCGUAGCACAUUCUUUAAAAUCACCUCGAGCAUUCGUAAGAAAAAAGAAGUAAGCAUUCAAGGGCUAGAGGUGGACAGAACCUUAAUAUACGAUCCAAAAGAAGUUCUGUCUGUGUGGAAAAAGCACUACAGUGAUUUGUUUACACCUAAAACAAAUCCUAAGUACGAUGAAGAGUUUCGAAGGUUUGUGGAGGCAAAGAUAACAGAGUAUGAGAGUGAAAGUUUUAAUGCAGAAAAUGAUCCGUUAGACAAUACAUUUACAGAACAUGAAGUGCUAGACGUUUGUUCCAAGUUGCCAAAUGGAAAGGUAUCCGGACCUGAUGGUUUAACGUACGAACACAUAAAACAUGCAGGAAUCACCUUGGCACCUAAAUUGACUAGAAUCUUUAACGCACUCAGAGAAUUUGAAAUAGUCUCUGAUAGUUUUGUUCUUGGAGAUAUAAUAUCAUUAUUUAAAGGUGGGAAAAAAAAUCGAUUGAACAAAGAUCACUAUAGAGGCAUAACGCUCUUAAAUGUUAUCGGGAAAAUUUUUGAACGACUCGCAUUGCAACGUUGGUUACCUGUCUUUGAAACCUGGAGCGUACCGAAUCCAUUGCAGUUUGCUUAUCAAAAAAAUAAUUCUUGCAUAAAUGCAAGUUUUGUUCUCCAGGAAGCAGUUGCGCACAAUGUAGAACGUGGGAGCAAAGUUUACUGUUUGAUACGGUAUGGAUUGACGGACUGUUUUUCAAAUUGUACAAUAAUGGUAUGAAUGGUAAAUCGUGGCGACUGCUGCGUAAUUGGUAUAAGAGACAAACAAGCAGAGUUCGAGCGAAUGGUCUGAUAUCAGAGAAAUUUCCUGUACAGCAAGGUGUGCGCCAAGGAGGAGUAUUAUCACCUUGGUUAUUUCUAUGUUUUAAUAAUGACAUUCCGCAAAUUCUCAUCAAACAUUGUAGCAUGCUAACAGUGAACUCUAUUCCUUGUAAUCCAGUUAUGGUGGCUGAUGAUAUAACAAUUCUUUCGACUAGGGUCAAAGGAUUACAAGAACAGCUUGAUACUCUGGAAUCCUACAGCUGUCGUCGGCGAUUCGACUUUAACACAAGGAAAACCAUUGCAGUUACAUUUGGAGAAACCACCAGGACAUUCAACAAGAAUAAUGCAACAAGGAACUGGAAGUUAUACAAUGCUAAAGUAG